CCUAAACUUACCUAAGCUUUUUUCACUUAUAGUAGGUGUAUGUCCUAAGUUUUCUUACCGGCCUUAGCUGAGGUACCUGCAACUGUGAGGUCCCUAAGGUUGUUGGCACAUUCUUGAGUGAAAGCUCCUAUUUUGCGGAAUCGAAGCUCCUUCUGUAGGACGACCACAUGUGGAGAACUCUUCGUAUUCCUUUUUUUACUCGUCUUUGCUUGAGGGCAGCGUACACGCACUCAGUCUUGUUGACUCGGUGAGACUGUUUCAUGGCUGAGUCUUCUCACCCAGGUGAGGGUCGUGGUCAUGUUCGUUGGGGGCGCAUAGAAGAGCAUUACCUGGAUCCUCCGCGGCCUCGCAGGCGAGAGAUCAGGUAUCCCGCUAGGCGAAGUACAUUUGAGAGAGCCGAUGUUCCUACUGACGGGGCUCGUGUUCCUAACGAUACUAGAAGGGUAGCCAGGACGUCUUCUCGGCGGUCUACAGAUGACGUUCCGGUACAGACCUACACUGAGUGGGAAACCUUUACUGAGCUCCCAAUCCAGGCUUCAGCUACACCUGAUGGAGACUAUACUGAGUCUCCGCGCCCGAUUGAAACUUAUGGCGAGGAUGAAGAAGAAAGCCCUAGACAGAGACAAUUCUCUUAUGACAGAGGCGACUACGGCCGUCGCUACAGAAGUCGGUCAAGAUCACCCAUAAACCCACGCUAUAAAAUCCCAGGACGUGAGGGAUAUCUUUCUCGUGAUGCUCUCUCGCGCACUGCAGGAUAUAACAGUGACUGGUAUUCUAGAACAAGGGGCGGGAGCCUUUCAAGCAACGAAUAUGACCCUUACGAUAAGUUUGAUUUCUCAUCCCGGGCCCAGUCGAUCAUAGAUUCCUCAAAGGCAGACGAUUCUGAUGCCGAAUCUCCUGAGUCUGAAGAGACAACCAUUGUUAUGGAGCGUUCCAACCUCAUGAAGGACGAUACAGUAUCUAAUUCACGCUCUCAGAUGACACUUGUUCAUUCUUCGGCUUAUACUGGGAGUGCUGAAAUGGGUGGUUCUCAUGCAGCAGUCUUAAAUCUUGUUCAUGAUCCUAAAGGACAGAAAAAUUCUCUAUUCCGCUGGCUCCACGUUCCACAGGACGUGAUGAAUUUUGAAGAUUUCUGGGUUGAGAUUAGCCGGAUCUCCGGAUUGACAGAGCUGGAGAAGAAGGCCGUAACGAGGCUUCGUGCUGAUGUCAAAAAGACCUGUGUGAAGUCUAGGACCAAUCCUAAAGGUGCCAAGGUUGGAUACUUGGACCCGAAAUGCAUCGAGGUACCAUUGAAACCACUAAAAGCCGAGGCAAUGUCGUCCGGUUCAGUGACUGGCUCAGCACGGUGGAUUUGUAUUCCCUUCUUCUCACUCGAGCAGUACUCUGGUCUACUCGCAGCUGCCAGCGCAUCUCUUUUUCCAGCUCAGACCUUGCUGCAAGUCCAGUACUCCCGAAACACUGUGGCAAGGGACAUGGAGCAAGCGGUGGUUCAGCUGGGAAAUGCAGAACGCGGAGAGUGUUUCCAUAUAUCUCAACUGUGGUGCCUUGUCAUUGAUAACAGCUUAAUAGUAACAUGUGGGACGAUGACUAGAGACGAUCUGCUCGGCCAAGGGCUUGAGAUUAAAGAACGCCCAUCUCGUGCUGUAGUCAAUGAACGCAAAGGGCGAAUAUUGGUGGCAUACGGCGAUUCGGUUGUUUGGUCGUUUGAUGCCGAUGAGUGCCGGACGUGGUUUGGAUUCCUGUCUAAGUUCCAAGCAUUCUGGCCUAAAGUUCCAGAGUUCUGGCACAAGGAUCAAGCCGUCACAGCACACACAUGGCCCAGAAUACUCAAAUUGGCCUCGGCCGUCAAGGCGAUGUCACUUAAGAUCACCAUGAAGCUAGGUUCCCUGCCUGACCCUCCCCCACGAGCCAUUCUACGGCCAGAUCCUCAAGUCCUUCCAAGUACGCAUGGUGGAAAGGGUAAACCCGGGACACAGGAAUUUGCUCAUAUGCUUGCCUUGGCGACAGGGGACUCCAGAGGUCCUCAAAUCCAGGGGACUGGUUUCAAGCUCCUUGAAGCUCAGCUGGAUGCGGCUGAGACUUUUUUAACAUGUGAUACAACCUAUACGGAUCGGAAGGCAUAUAAGACCUGCAAAGAAGCCACGAGAAAGGAGUGCUAUGACUAUUUAGUCGAGUUAUCUGGUCGAAUCGAGGAAGUUGAGAGUGAUUCUUUACGACGUGCAUACGAGGAAAAGGUGGAUGUCUUCAACGCUGCCGAUAUUGUUUACAGCUUCUUUUUACCCACAAAUUUCCAAGGCCCCAUGGUCGGAAAGUUCUGGGGCGCGGUCAGAUCCAUAACUGAGUUAACAAUGCUAGAUGGUAGGCCUGUUUCUGACAUCGCCGGUAGCCUCCGGGUCUCUCUCAGAGACUUGACGCGAAAUCUCCUCGCCCUCCAAAAUCUCGUCGUGUAUUCAUCCGAUCAAGAGCGAGCUGAAGUUGAAAUGCCGCCCGAGUUCUCCAAAGCAUGGCUUUACAUCACCAUGGCCAUAGUCUAUGGCUCCAAUGACGACCCUAAGUGGGAUGAUCGGAUGAGGAGGGCCGAAGAGCUCAUCGGUACGGGUUCCAAAAAGCUGGCCCAAGGAUUCGGUGACAACAAUUUGCUAGAAAAGGCUAUUGUAUUGCCGCUUGAAGUGCUUUCACUAAUCACAAUGGGCCUGCUGCAAGAUCAGGUCGGCAAAUCUGAUGACAUAUGCGAUACUUACUCUCAGUAUCUUGACUCUCUAGAUCAUGCAAUCACGUCGAAACCCUCCGACAGGUCCUUUCAACAUCAGCUCGAUCUAGUACAACAAGAGCUCGUGGCCGUCAAGCGAACACUCUGGAAGCAAAGGUCGCUUAUCUAUCGACUACGAAAGUCACUCACCGCUAUUGAUACAGAAGACAUUGUCAUGAGUCAGAUUGAGCAUGAAAUCGUGUUAAAAGAGGCAGAGAAGCAGUACAGCAACAAACGGCACUACUCGGAGACCUUGCCGCCGCCUCACUCACAACGUCAGGAUGAGGACUAUAAUCGAAUUGUCCCUGUUUCUUAUGCUCAGGAGGUUACAACUGCGAACGACUAUAUGGGACUGGAUGAUGACUUCCUGUUCGAUUUGGCUUCAUCUUCAAAACUGUCUCCUACAGAUGCGGGAGGUUUACGCGGUCUCUUCUUCCUCGAAUGCUCACGUCUCAUCGAGCAACGCGAGUUUGAGUUUCGACGCUUCAGCGAUUUUUCUAAAGACCUCGAACGGGCGAUUGCAUAUAAGAUGGACUUCACAAGAGACCGACAGGAGCGCGCCAUCUAUGCCUUCACCCUUGUUACUAUCAUUUUCUUGCCCAUCAGCGCGGUUUCGAGUAUAUUUGGCAUGAACACGACUGAUGUCCGCGAUAUGAACUACUCACAGUGGUUGUAUUGGGUGGUUGCUAUACCAGUGACGGUUCUCGUCAUUGUCCUAGGACUCUGGUUCAUGGGAGAGUUAGGAAACCUGGCUCGAUGGUUAUUUGGGCGUCCAGGAAAGGGGAUCUACGGCGAGCCGACAGUCAUAUCACAAACAGUCGAACCGGCAUAUUGGGCGGCUCCUCCAACCACGCAGCUAGCUGCCCAACCGGCAGAGUAUUCAUCGCCACCAUAUGAGCCGAGGCGUAGAAGGGUUCAAGCUCAGGCAAAUUACCCUGCACGCCAGAGUCGCAUUUAUCGAUCACGAUAAGUGACCUGGAGGCGAAUAGUUAGCGCACAUGGGGAGAAGUGCUCAGUUGAGGGUUGCUUCAUAAAUAUUGUACUUUGUCCUGGGAUGUGUUAGGAUAAUAAGUCUAAAAUGAGGAUGUUUUGCGAUGGAUAAUAGUCUUAGGAUUACAAGUGAGUUUCGGGAUAAUAGGAUAUAUUUAUCAAAGUUUGCCCUAAAGAUACUCAAAUUUCCCCAACUCCUGGAGAAACACCAGUUAAGAAGAACCAAAAUCAUCAAUCGUAAUACAGAUAAGGCCGUUACAGAACGGUCCAUUCUCGGUCAUUCAAGUACUCGCUAAUCAUCGGUAGUACUCACGCUCACGGUCCGUAAUACGGAGCCGUACUCUAUCAUCCUCAAUCAUCCGCCUGGGCGGUGAUGGAGGUGAAUACUCUCGACGUCGAGUUCCCUCAACGUACCGGAAGGUUUCAUAGCGAGGCUCGACUUGAACCGGGACAGGAACAGGGACGAUCCUCUCACGCUCGAUGACACGCUCUCGAUCGUGAUCAUAUGAUGAGUGGUGGCUGUGCCUGCUUCGGGAUCGAGACUUGGGCUUCUUCUUCUUCUUGUGUGGCUCAACGUCGACCGCAAUGACCUCGAUAGGCUCCUCUGGUGGAGGUGAAGGGGGUCUGGGCUUCACAACCGGAGGAGGCGGCGGCUUGGGUUUCUCAACUGGAGGGCAAGGUGGAGGGGGCGGUGGUUUCUCGACCACGGGAGGCGGCGGUGGUGGUUGAGGUUGCGGAGGUGGGGGUGGUGGCAGCGGAGGUCUGACAAUGACCGGAGGUGGUGGAGGAGGAGGAGGAGAAGGUUCAGGAGGAGGAAUUAUUCGAGUUACGCGAUGGCUGACGAUGCCAUAGUCCUGCUCCGGGUGCUGGAGAUAGAGUCGUUUCUUCUCGUAAGGUUUGGUGACUGUUGCGAUGACGUCAGUGACGGUUGAGUUUGCGAUAUGGCACACGGCAAUGUGCAGCAAGAGAAGACAUACCCAUCUUGUCGGCGAAGACAGAUAUAGCUUCAGCGACAACAAUAAUGAGAUGCAAGCAGUUACCCGCGACGCGGUAUACAAACAGCCAAAGGGCGGUUGACGGGGAAGACCCGAGGAUGAUCAAGUGGGGUACUCAGGUCACGAUGGUGAAGUGGGAUGCUUUGGACAGUGAUGGAUGGUUGACAGUUAACAGUGGCGAUAGGCGGGUGGGAAAGGGAACGGCGAUCUUUUAUGUUCUAAUUGUAGAUUCGAAUGAUCAGGCUGCAAUGGAAGGCAUGGCAUGUGAGAAAAGGC